CAAAAUCAAAUUGUGUUCUUCAUGUCAUCAACUCAUCGCAUGAAUAUUGGUGUUAAUGUUAAAUUCCCAUAAGUUUUCUUUAUAAUAAAGCUUCCUUGAAAUUUUUGUCAAAUCUUAUUGUUUGUUAACAUAUCAGGUGUGAAGUAUGGAUCGUCUUUUACGCCUUGGAAGUGGUAUGGCGGGUUUGUCUCAAGCACCGCCACCGACUGAUGCCCCAGUCGUGGAUACCGCUGAACAAGUCUACAUCUCAUCUCUUGCUCUUUUGAAAAUGUUAAAACACGGCCGUGCCGGUGUUCCCAUGGAAGUUAUGGGUCUUAUGUUAGGAGAAUUUGUUGAUGACUAUACAGUUCGCGUUAUCGAUGUAUUUGCCAUGCCUCAAACUGGUACUGGUGUAUCUGUGGAAGCAGUUGAUCCUGUUUUCCAGGCUAAAAUGUUAGAUAUGUUAAAACAGACUGGACGUCCUGAAAUGGUUGUGGGCUGGUAUCACUCACAUCCGGGAUUUGGCUGCUGGUUAUCUGGUGUUGAUAUCAACACUCAACAGUCAUUUGAAGCAUUGUCUGAGAGAGCUGUAGCAGUUGUGGUUGAUCCCAUCCAGUCAGUAAAAGGAAAAGUGGUCAUUGAUGCUUUCCGCCUAAUUAACCCGAAUAUGAUGGUUCUAGGACAAGAACCCCGACAGACAACCUCCAACUUAGGUCAUUUGCAAAAACCAUCAGUGCAAGCUUUGAUUCAUGGUCUAAACCGUCACUACUACUCCAUUAGUAUAAACUACAGAAAGAAUGAGUUGGAGCAAAAAAUGUUACUCAAUCUUCAUAAAAAAUCUUGGAUGGAUGGACUGACUCUGGCUGACUAUAAGGAACACUGUUUAAUUAAUGAAACUACAGUCACAGAUAUGCUUGAAUUGGCUAAGAAUUACAACAAAGCUCUCGAAGAUGAAGAAAAGAUGACACCAGAACAGCUUGCAAUUAAGAAUGUUGGUAAACAAGACCCCAAGAGGCAUUUAGAAGAAAAGGUCGACGUAUUGAUGGCAAACAACAUUGUACAAUCUCUUGGAGCGCUGCUUGAUACCAUGGUGUUUAAAUGAUUGUCUAAAAUACUUUUAAAUUUUAAGGCUAAAUAAAGUUUUUUGUAUAUGA